CAUAUGAAAUAAACUGGUUGGUCCCCUUUGUUUGUCCACAGAACAAACGAAGCCUCCUGAGUCAUUUGCAUCAUUUCCUUUUUCCAGUCUAUAAUCAUUCACAGUUACUAAAACAAAGAGAGGAAAUGGCAACCAUCUCCGCCACUAUCACUACCCCAUCGAUCACCCGUGCAGGUCUUGUGCAAAAGCGUCCUCUUGUGAUCUCUUCCUCUCCAGUUCUUGGUUUGCCAGCAUUGGCUAAGGUGGGAAGAGUGAGGUGUUCCAUGGAGGGAAAGCCUUCUGGGCAGGAAAGCAGCUCAAAGAUGGGAAUGGGGGCUUCUUUGAUGGCAGCUGCCAGCGCUGCAGCCAUGUCAAGCCCAGCAGCCAUGGCCUUGGUGGAUGAGAGGUUGAGCACUGAAGGAACCGGGCUUCCCUUUGGGCUCAGCAACAACCUUCUUGGUUGGAUCCUUUUUGGUGUCUUUGGUCUUAUCUGGGCUGUUUACUUUGUCUACGCUUCAGGCCUCGACGAGGAUGAAGAGUCUGGGUUGUCCCUUUAAACUAAAGCCUGGCCCUGGGUUGGGUGUGGUGAUGGUUAAUUUGUAGAAAUUGCAAAGAAUACUCCAGUCAUUUGGUGUUGUAUGGAAGCAACUUUGUGUUAUUAAUUUCCUCUUGUUUCUUUCAA